CCCCCCCACAUUUUCGACGCGUCGAAUCGACCAGCACCGCUGGAUCCUCAAUUAACCACUCGACAUAUACUUGCGACCCUGUGGAUCUGUGGCACGACCACCAGUUGACUGGUCAGAUCUGAGAGCAAUUUUUCGUCCCCAUCCGUCUCGGUUAUCUAGCGAGCGCAGUAUUGCAGUUACGAGGGGAUGAACAUCUAGGGAGAUGGGCCAUCCGCGCCCAGGAUACAAAUGGAAUCAUGGCGGGAGCGAGGAUUCGUACCGGACUCGGACUCGGAGGACGGACUCGACAGUCAGGAGACAAUAACGUUGAACGAUGGGGUCGAAGAUACGGUUGCAGAUACUGGUGUUGCAGUUUCAGUUCGCACGGAGGAAGCCGCCAUCGAACCCCAGGACGAUGUACAACAUGAGCUACAACCACACGCUUCUCAGAGCACCGAUAUUGAUCGCGAACGGCCUGUGACCCCUCAGACGGAUUCUGAUAAUGCUUCUGUCAAGACUGAGAAGCAUGAGCAGCCUCUUGCGGCGUCGUCGAAGACCGCCGAUGAGAAUGACGGAUCGGAGGAACCGUUGCCUGGGCUUCCUGAGGAUGAAGAGACCCCUCGUGCUAGUGUGAAGACAGACGACUCUCGCCUGCCUACGCAAUCUUCGGAUACCACCACUGUUAGCGCACCUCCUACCCCGCCGGCCAAAGAGAACGACGAUAUAUGGGACAUCCCGAGUUCAGAAGGUGCACUGCAAUUUGACCACCGACUCUCAAGGAAACCCAACCAUGUGUACUCGAGGACGGACCAUGACAGCGAACCGCGGCAAGUCGAGGAGGACCACAAUAUCUCAGCUCCUUCAUCGCCUUUGUCAUCCCUGGAUUCCCUUCGGUUGGACGAGGGUGACCAAGAUGGCCACGAACAACCGGAUGAGCCAACAGGGGAUCUCAUUGAGCAAUUGCUACCACCGCUCGAUAUUCCGGAUGAAAUUCUACGGGGAAUGUCGCCGCCAGCGCGGAGAUCACUACGAGAGCGCAAAGCUAUCCAACUACAUCCGUAUAUGUUGGAAGAUGCUAAGUACCGGACUAUGAUGCGCGCAGGAGGUGUCAAGCCCGUGCGAGUGGCACAGGACGAAGCGGCGCGUGCUGCAGCCAAUGAGAGUCAGGGCAAGGAGUAUGUUGACAAUGCUGAUACCAUGGGCGAUAGUUUUGGAGCAGAUUUCGAGUUUCCACCGUCGUCUCCGGCAGAGCCUCGUCAUUCAGCAGAGAGGAGACGGUCUAGGAACUCUCCGGAGCCUUCACAGUCGCAUGGCUCUCAAGAAUUGGGGCACUCCCCAGGUGGCUUGCUAAGUCGCCGGCCGAAAAGGCGCAAAAUAUCCAGGCCUCACGAUGACCAUCGUCCUCAAUCACGGUAUCUACCGCAGCCAAGUGUAGUUAUUGUGAACUCGUCUCCUAUGCACCGGAACAAUUUGUCGACCUUUCGUGUCCCAAGCCCACCGCGCUCUGAAGAGAACGUCGCUUCGUCGCCUGCUCCGGAACCCUCAACUGUAUUUCGCUUCCCUCGUGGCUUUACACCACCUUCAAUCUCCGCCACCCCGGGGUUGGGACAGGAGAUUAAUGCUCCAGAGGAAGCGGAUCCCAUGGAUUGGUCUGAGGCCGAGGCGGACGAUGGCCCUGAUGCAAGCAAUGCGCGAUCACAUUCUGAUACCGAGGAUGCAAGCGAAGCGGACAACGAUCACGAUGAAGAUUCUGUCAGGCAGUUAUCACGUCGAAUCAAAGGGGUCUUACCGGCAUCAUGGCUGAGAUUGGACCAGAAACAACAAGAGGAACGCCCGAGUGCUACGCAGCGACAUCGUGAAAGAGUGCUUUCGAGAACUGACAACGCGAAAGGUGUUGCGCGCAAAAUAACGAAAAAGGCCGACACCAUGAAAGCACCAGGACCAAACGCGCAGCUAACCUCACUAAGACAGCUUGCUGAUCCGGAUUCUAGCAAUGAGAGCGAAGGCGGAAACGAUGGUGACACGACCACCUCGCGCCAACUAGUAGCGAGUCUUGGACUUGAAGAUUCGUUCAAUGACUAUGGCCCCGGAGAUGAUAUCCCAGAAGGCAAUCGCAUCGAUUACAUGUUCCCACCAGUACAUCGUGCCACUUCAUCGUCGAAACCACGAAAGCCAGGAAAGAAACGACCAACGGACGAGGGGAACAAUGAUCGCCCUGCUCAUGCACCUAAGCGUCCUCGGCUCAAGAGACAGGCAAGGCUUACUGAUCCCGGGUACGGGGCUCACAAGCAGAAGAGACCCACGCCACGUCUACCUAGAAUAGGUAUCCUUGAUGCGCCAGAUGUUGCUUCUCGACCUCGCAGUGAGCAACCGCAAUUUCUUCGGGUUGCUGCAAGAAAAGCACGUUCCCGUCAAGACAAGGGAAGACGAAGCCCCUCUCGGAAAGUCUUCAAUUUCAGUUCACGUGUCGAUACGGAGGAUGCCAAUAAAUCAUUACACGAAUGGAAAAUAGGUCGGCUCCAACAGACAAAACUGCCCCAGCCUCGUUCCCAGUCCAAGUCUCAGCCCCAGCCCCGGUCCCAGGCUAAGGUGGCUCGAAGACAGCCGCUAACCGCUCUCUCCACGAAUCGACCUGUCGUCUUUCAGGGAAGAGUGACUAGAGGAACGAGUGGAAACCGUACGAAUGAUGGUUCUCCAGCACCUCAAGCUGGGGAAGUCAGUGCAGUUGAUGAGCAUGCUAGUACAGAUGCCCAUGCUCCGGGCCAGAUGGCCAAGGCGCCGACCAACAUUAGCAAGCUAAUGCAACCCGAGCAACGACCCAACAAGUGGAUUGUUCGAAGAAACCUUGCUAUUUCUUCCUUGACACGGCAAGAUCCGCGACCUGCAAUGCUCGAGGUAGAAAACCCACGCGGCAAGCCUGUCUCAUCGUUGUCCUUUCAAAGGUCUCUCUCAUUGCUCAAUCGGGACUAUCGACGUAAGCGUCUGCCCGAAGUACGACAGGGUAACUUGGUUUUGGACCGCUUUAUUUCGAGCCGCAGCUCGUCUCCUGCUCCAGCUGGGCCCAAGCAUACGAGCACGAGUCAAAAGCUGGAUCACAGGCUGCCAGGAGUCCAGACCGAAGCGCGACGCCAGUUGAAAAAGCGGCCACCGAAGCGGCUCGCAGUCGAUGCCAUCCAAGAUCAACAGCCCUUCGCCAUGGAAUUAACAGAACCCGAACUCCAUAGGCAACAAGGAGACUUGGCUGGUGACAGUCCAAUUGGCGCAUUGCAUGGAUUUCAACCCUCAUAUAGCAUAGAGCUCAACAUCGCUCCAUUGUGCACAGGGACGUACUUCCACCAAACUACAUUUUUUGGAAGUGGCGACUUUUCUCGCUCACUUAACUUCCUCAAGCGUGACCUGGACAGAGAUGCCGGUCACCACCCGAUCAGAGUUGGAGAUAGGAGCUAUCGAUGGGGUGUAUGGAAUGAUGCCGUGUCUUCGGAGCUGGGAACAGUCUUUGAAAAGAUGAUCGAAUGGAUUGAAAGGAGUGACGCAGGACUGGAGAACAGUGAAAAAGAUGCCUGCAACUUAUACAGGCCAGUGGUCAAGUAUGUCACUGAUGCGCUCUCCUUCGUUGACCCCAUCGACAGGAUAGGGUUUGUGAGGCGGGCCUUGAGCCUUGUCUGCAAGCUCAAUGAUACCUUGACCACAUCGUCCGCGAAAGCCGAGCGUGAGGUGGAGCUUCUAGCGGCAAUUUGCUCGUACAACACUGUGUUUACAUACCAAAUCCUUCAAAUUGCCGGGCAUGAUCUCGUCAAUGAUACCAUUGCCGAUGAAGUGUUGGAAGUAUUAAACAGAACCGCCAAACAGGCCAUCCGAAUUGUCACAACCUCACUGGGACAGGCAAGUAUCCGCAGACUCUUCGCGGACAUUGAGUCUCCUGAAAAGCGUGAUGCAGGAAUCCAGAGCGGUCAUUCCGUUGCUGAGGCCUAUGUCACUGUUCGGCAUAUUCUAUGUAAUACGGAUAAGCUAAAAGGACGCUUCCAGGAGUUUCUGGCAGAGGCCUAUUCGAUUCACUAUGGGGAUAUGAGUAGCUUGACGGAUGUCAACCAGUUGGAGCGGGCAUGGCACUGUGUUCUCACCACUCUGCCUUUGGAUGAACUUGAUGCUUCUGGCAUUUCUCGUAUAGGAUCUCGUUUUUGGGAGGCUUACGGAAACUGGCCCAUAAUCAAGAUGCUGCUACGUCCAGUGCUAGAUCGCUAUCAGGUCACAUCAAUGACGCAGCCUGUUUCAUACUACCAGUACUGCAGGGCCCUGUUCCAUAGGUGCUUCCACCUCAUCAAUGGUUGGGGAUGGCGAGACUGCAAACAAAUUCUCGAUACCCUUUAUGAUUUCUUCGCGAAGAACACCUUGUACAAUCUUAAGCACGAAGAAGGCUAUAAGUCUCCUGCUUUCCUCGACGAACUGGACCGGAACCCUUCCCUAGAAGUGCAACCAGGAGAUUCGUGUUUCCAUAUCCUGCUGAAAAUCAUUGCAAGUGGGUUGCGUUACCUGUCAAAGAUUUAUGACCAGAAGAAGACUCGGAACUUUGCAUGGCGCCUGUUACCAAACCAUGGCCGCGUGUAUCCCAAGGAAAAGCCAAUACAUCAAGAGGAUUUGGACGCAUUGAGGAACCACCAUGACCUCCUGUGUACAUUGUAUUACGCUGUCCCUGACGGGUGCCGGCCUCGCCUCGAGACGAUCAAGAAUCUUGUCAAUCCCGCCAGCUCGCAUCGUGAGACAUGCAAUAUCAGCUUACGGUCAUGGACUAGGCUUGUCCGUUUCAAGCUCUCGACGGAUGAGCAGGUCUCUGGACUGGAAGCAUUUGCUGACUGGCACGGCUAUUUUGUCUCCGAGUUGUUGAAGCAGCAUGCACUUGCGCGCCAAGAGGUCGAAGCACAGAACACUGCGGAUAACAAAUUCUCUGAUCAGUUAGUUGAGAAAACGAUCGCGCAGAAUCAGCGGCAAAUCGAGUCCUUGCUGAAGUCAGCGCUUAGUGGCCUACAUGGUGCUAUUCGCUCGGCACCAACGUUGCAGCAUGCUCACAAGCUCAUCUUGGGAGCACCUAUCAAAGCGCUACUGGCUCUCUUUAACCCCAGAGUUGCUCGUGUCAACAUGACAGUCUCUGAUACCCUUCAAGUGAUCGUCGCCUAUGUCCAGAAGUGCAAUAUUUCACCGGCAGUCGAAGCAGCAAGUGCUCCUGCGGCGGUGGAUGAAGACAGUCAAGAGUAUGGAGAUUGGGCGGAUAUUGCGGCUGCAUAUGAUGAGUCUCCACCGACAGCGCCAGAAGUCGAGUAUGUCGAAAGGGUCUUCCAUCCAGCUGCGUUCCGGCUUAUAUCCAACUGCUUUGGAGAGGACUACUGUCCGGAAGAUGCGAUUCUGCUCAAUGUCGUGGAGUGCUGGACAUCUAUUGCACAGACACUGGUCAAACAUGGCUUACGCCACUGGGACAGCUACCUCAGUCCGUACAACGGCGACUCCUGGAUGUCACUGCGAUUGACGAUCCAGACGAGAAAAUUCACACCUUUGUUCCUGGCAAGCUGCAUCGAAAAAGAUCCUCGCUUUAUAGUGGACUGUAAAGUCCAGGUCAUUGGGAUGUGGUUGUCCGCUUUGGUAGAGCGAGUCUCGAUGUUGAAAUACCAACACCGCUUGACAGAAGCCUUGCUAAAUGAAGAAUCGAUGGAUUCCCUACUGCAGAAUUUGCCCUUCGCCAGGGACCGAAAAGAAGGGAGAUACGUGAUCACCCUGGAAGAUCUCAGCCACCGCCGGGUGUCUCUGAUAUCGAGUAUCCUAGCCAACAUGCGUGCACAUCUCCAAGUGCUGGAAGAUAUAGACGCCCGAGAACUCUCAACUACCAAGCAGGAUUACAGGGAGAUCAUCCAGAAAAUGAUGUCGGCUAUGAAGGCAAACUAUCAGGAGCUGGGCAACGGUGCAGCCAGCGUCCAAGGAGCUUACGUGGACUUUGUUCACCGCAUCGUCGGGUUCCUGCAACAGCACAGCCGGGAUAUCUGCCCUAUCGACUCGUUCUUUACCGACCCUGCUUCAUUCCCACUACCUUCCGGGGAUCCGACGUACAUUGUGGCCCGGUUGAAGAGCUACGAGCCGAAACUCUCCUCGGAGAAAGUAGCAAAGACGCUCAUCAUGUUCAUUCAGAGCGUUUCCGAGCGAGCCGCGAUCGACGGACAGCAGGAUUACCUCGUUAAUCAGCUUCACGCAUCUAUGACUGAAACUUAUGAAUCUGGCCUUCCCGACAAACCUACCUUGAGGGCGACAUUGUUGCAGGCGGUUUUCCCGGCCUACCUCGAGGCAUCUUUUAGCAACGCAGCAUGCUGGAUUCUUAGUCGACCCCUCAUGCAGACUAUUACGCUCGUCUUCCAGGACCUCCUUUUCAAUGUGGACACGACCGAUUCUGCCUGUAUCGCAUCCGUCUGGAACAUCUUCAACUCUGUCUUCCAGGCAACACAUGCUGUUCUCCUGAAUGUCACGAACAAUGUCAACAUGCUCAAGGACCCUGCCGUGGCCAUCAGCGCCGCCUCAUUCAUCAAGAUGAUCACGGCCGCCUUGCCAGUCAUCGACUAUAUAGACCGAGCAGCCGAAAUGGACCAAAGGGUCCUCGCUCAGAUUCACUAUUUCUACCACUCCAUCCUCUUCGUCACAUCCCAUCUCGACCAGCCAUCGUCAACAACAGACCUGUACGAUCUCCCCCAAUAUCCCGAUGCCUUCAACACCGGCGACCCCAUCUCAUCCAUAGCCACAAACCCACCCUUCUUCCACGAACUUCGCCACUCCGCGGCCCGCGAAUUACAAUCCUACCUCAACGAGAGCUGGUCCCGCCAUCAGCAGAAAUACUACUUCACCCGACGAGGCGGCCACCAACCCCAAGAAAUCAACAUCCAACCAUCUGUCGCCGUGGAACUCGAACAAUCACCACAGCAGAUCCUCGGACCCGUUGUUCAGGAGUUCCUCGACGUCAUGCGAGGUCUUGAUCUCCUUGAUGGUACGGAAUCCGAACACACUUUUGGACUCACGUUGGGAGUUCCGAAUUCGGAUAAGGUCUCCACAGAUGUGCUCUACACACUUGACCUUGUCGAUGCCAUUGGUUAUUGAAUGAAUAUCUUUGCGGGGGCUAUGAUAUCCCCGAUACAAUAUCUCUUCCGCUCAACAACCACUUGGUAUUCCUUAUGACACAAGUCCUACUCCAUUCCUAGAUGACGAAUUGACUUGGAUACUCCCAUCACGAGAUAGACUCUGAAUG